UCAAAAUCUUAACGUUUGUCUUACGACAACGCAUCUGCCUCGAAAUUGAACUUUUAAUUUUAAAUAAUUGACGUUAUUUAAUAUUUAUUCUAAACGUUUUAUUGAAGUGUGUACUGUUUUAUCUAUAGCUGACCAAUUUUGUUCGUAGAUGCUAUUACCAUUGUUACCAUUUGCUUAAAAAAACUAUUAAAGUCUGCGGCCUUUGCAUGCACGUUGCAAAAUAAUUUUUACCUGUUAGUUAUUAAAAGAUAUCAAAAUUAAGCUCCCACAGUACAAAAUGGAAGAUUUUUUGAAGAUAGAAAAGAUUGGGGAAGGGACUUACGGUGUGGUGUAUAAAGGUAAAAACAAAAUCACUGGAGAGUAUGUUGCAAUGAAGAAAAUUAGAUUGGAGUCUGAAGAUGAAGGCAUUCCGUCAACAGCGAUACGGGAAAUAUCUUUGUUGAAGGAAUUGAAUCACUCAAACAUUGUUAAACUGGAGGAUGUACUAAUGGAAGAAAACAAACUUUAUUUAAUUUUUGAGUUUUUGUCUAUGGAUCUGAAGAGAUAUAUGGAUUCCUUGGGAUCUGGCAAGUUUAUGGAUCCUGCCACGGUUAAAAGUUACCUAUAUCAAAUUAACAGUGCUAUUUUAUACUGCCACCAACGCAGGAUUCUGCACAGAGAUCUCAAGCCGCAGAAUUUACUUAUUAACAAGACAGGUAUAAUUAAGGUAGCAGACUUUGGUUUGGGCCGUGCGUAUGGAGUGCCAGUCCGUGUAUACACUCAUGAAGUUGUCACACUGUGGUACAGAGCCCCUGAGGUGUUGCUUGGCUCGCAGAGAUAUUCCUGUCCUAUUGACAUGUGGGCUGUGGGGUGUAUCUUCUCUGAGAUGUCUUCAAAGAAACCCUUGUUCCAAGGCGACUCGGAGAUUGAUCAACUUUUCAGAAUCUUCAGAAUGCUCCGGACUCCGACAGAGGAGACUUGGCCCGGAGUGUCAUCGCUACCAGAUUAUAAGCCCACAUUCCCCAAUUGGUCUACUUACAAUCUACACAAUAAUGUCCAAAACCUAGACGAGGCAGGCAUGGAUUUGCUUCAAAGUUUCCUCGUAUAUGACCCGGCUAAGAGGAUCACCGCGAAGGACACCCAAAGGCACAGAUAUUUCCGUGAUGUGAAACUGCCCCCGGAAUUAACUCGCACAAACGCGUACAUCAAGAAUGAAGACGUCAAAGAAGUUUAGGAAAUAACAAGAAAUUGAUUCAUCAAAACGACAAGAUCAAAGAUUUGAUGUUAGCAAACUCAAAUUACUGGUCCGAUUCCAAAAAAUUCCGUCGGAAUGCAUGAGUAAUGUUUCCAAAAUAUUAAUAAAAUCCAAGCAAGUAACGAACAGGCCGCACAAAGAUAUUCAACUGCCGGGUUCUAUACAAUACCAGUUGUAAUUACAGAUUGUUUUCCAAUUGUAAUUAAUUUUCUUGUUUAAAAUAUAUAUUUUUUGUAGAAAAAUCCACUAGUUGAAAUUACAACUGUAUUUUGUAGAACCCGGACGUUUUGGUCCUUCGAUAUUGUUAAACCAGACUC